AUGGUUUCUACACCUGAGCUUAAAAGGUACGUUGAUAAGAAAGUGUUACUACAACUAAAUGGUGCUCGUAAAGUAGCAGGAGUUCUACGAGGCUAUGAUCUUUUCCUUAAUGUUGUCCUAGAUGAUGCUGUUGAAGUGGGCAAGGACGGAUCUCAUCACAAUCUGGGAUCUCAGAGUGUUGUCAGAGGUAAUUCUAUAGUAUCAUUAGAGGCUCUUGAUACUGUUAUGUAA